AUGCCACAAUCGCCGCUCUCCCCACUUCAUGCUUUAUUCCAACUAUCAAGACCACCAUCAUCCGAAUCCUUCGGCUCUGUACAAAUGGUAGAAAUAGACACUCGCUGUAUUGAACAACUUUUGGGACAUCUGGCACAAGGACUAUCCGUCACGUCACCAACACCGCAUCCACCAAGGAAGGUGAAGUCCACUCAUUCCUUCGAGAUAGGUCAGUCAACUAUAUAUUUUGGAGAGGAAGACCCACAACCGAAGAAGAGUCAAGAACUACGAAUCCAAACACCACGAGCAGCCAAAGGGUACGAUUUGCACUUGAUACGAAGAGAGCUUACCAUAGUCCUGAGCUACCGAGAAAUCCACGAAACCACUACCAGGCUAGGAAAACUUACCUCGGACAUCGCAGAGAAACCAGAGAUAUGGCAAUCCAUCACAGAGAUGAUCGACGCGAUGGAGCAAAUAACCACAACGCAGACACUAGUUGAGCCGCACCAUCCAUGUCGAGACAAUAUCAUGUCGAGCCGCUGCUGUCAUGUUAUACCACUGGAACCCAUGUCGAGCCGCUGCCUGUCGCCCUCCCUUCCUACUCAACAUCGUUUCACAUGGUCAUCCACUUAUGUAGAGCAAGCAAUGUCAUGUCAUCAAUCUUCCUCUACGUCGCCAUCAGGCAAGACCUUUGCCUACGGACAUACAUCUGCCGUCCUGUACGGUAGUUUUAGGGUACUCGUUAAAAAGCAAAGGAAUGAGAAUCCUUCCCCAGAUAUCACUGAGCUCGCGAAGACUUACGCUGGUGCUCCAAAGGAGUGA